AUGCAGCACGAGCCUUUUUUCGCCGCGGCACCACCAGCUGAUGGUGCUGCUACGGCUCUGAAACACCCAAAAUCGCAGUCUGCGCGGUUAACAGCCUUCUCGGGGGAGGAGCUCCUUCUCAGCAGUCCAGCGAAAGCACACGCCACACCACUGGCAGCAGCAGAGCUCUCCCAGCAAGCACUUGGUGUCGCGGGAGGAGUGCAAGCAACCCCUGAGGCAGCCGCAACGCAUGCGCCAGCUGAAGCGGAAGCCUCCCCAGAAAGGGGAGCUCCAGCGGAAACGGAUGCGCGUGCUGCACGCAGAGCAGAUGCAAAGGGCGUUGCCAACCUGCGCAGAGCAUCGCAGGAUCCGCAGCAGAGUUCGGAAGUGCCAGAUAGCAGCAGCAACAACAACGAGAGCAGCAAUCAUGACAACCUUGAAGAUCUGAGCAGCAGCGAAAAGGAGGUGGUUGUGUCCAUGGGGUUGCUGGCACUGCUGCUGAUUGUUGCAGCAUCGUUCUUCAUUUUCCUUGCCGCGAAGCGCCUGCAUCAUCAGGUGCUGCAGCUGCCACUGCUCGCAACGCUGCUCGGGCUUUUGCUAGGGGCUGUGCUGCAGCAACAUUUGCAGCUGCAGCCACGCAGCAGCAGCAGCCUUCGCGGCAUGCUGGCUCUCAAGGAGGAGGUUUUCUUCGUCCUGCUGCUCCCGCCGAUCGUUUUCCAGGGGGGUUUGGAGAUAACGGAGGAGCCGUUUGCGUCGGCUUUUGCAGAGAACUUUGGCUCAGUUUUGUGGCUUGCAACUGCGGCGACGCUCUGCAGCACGCUGAUUAUCGGAGUUCACAUGCUCGGAGCAGGCAUGUUGCUGCCUGGAGUGUCUCUAACAACUCGGCCCGCCUUUGCUAUGGGAGCUCUCAUUUCUGCAACAGAUCCCGUGUCGCUGCUUAGCGCCUUCCGAGAUAUGAAGGCUACGCUUCUUAUUCAUGUCCUCAUGUACAAGCACAUCGGUCUGAAUCGUGAGGAAAAUCUCGCGAUGGAAGUUGCUUUGUUGCUUCUCUUCCCGUGGAUUGCAGCUCCUGUGUGCGCAGGCGUGUUUAGGGCUUUUGCACUGCUCGCGGAGUGCGUGGUCUUUGUAUAUCUCGGCCUAGCGCCUUUCUCGUUCGACCUGCUGCCCCUAAAAGACUGCGGUGUUUUCGUGGCUGCUGGAAUUGCAGUCAUCGCUGCGGCUCGAGGCCGCAAGGUGCUGAGCGCAAAGGAGCAGCACGCAAUUGCUCUUUGCGGUCUGCGAGGAACUGUUGGUGCGUCGCAGACCCCCCACUCCGAGGAGAUGACUGCCUUACUGCUCGUGCUUGCUCUUCGGUUAGCUCAGGAGGACGCCUCUCCGCCUGCUGCCCCCCUUCUCUCCCCCCCAGUAUUGCCAACUGCGUCCUUAUCGCCUGUCUUGGUGCAUAUGCAGAUAUCUCACUCCCUUCUUCAUCAAUUCGCAGAGGGCGAGCUGCAACCCGGAGCAGUCCGCCAUGGAGUUGCAGCAAACGAUAGUGCAGUAUCUACCAACCUUCGUAGCGACAGAGAGCUCUCUGCUCAGCAGGACCAGCAGCGACAACUACCAGCCGGAUCACUUCCCCGAGGUGAUCCUUGCUGCCUAGAAGAAUUCGAUAUGGCUUUUUCGCCGUCUGAAGACGUGAGCCCCUCAGGCUUUCUGCAGGUUGUGCAGAAACCAGCCUCAGCAGGUGCUUCUCCGGCCUGA